UCUGUUCGUUGACAGGCGGUCUUGCCUCCGCCUGCUGCAUCUCAAUCAGUCCUUCACUCCCACGCACCCACUACCUCGUUAUAUCCUUCUCCUUCUUUUGAUUCAAUCCUUAAUGAGACUUGCAUUGAGCGUUGCCUUCAUCCCGACUCCCGCGGCUUAGACCGCAGGCAAGCAUGGCCUUCGCGAGGCCCGGCAAUAUGCAGCACAUGGCCGCCGUAACGAACGAGCUGUUGCCGAGUUGGGCAUACGUUGUACGGGCAUCGUUUAGAAAUGUGCCGAAGAGGACGAUAUCGACCCAACAGAGACAGCGGAGGCGAGAGGUGCAACAAGAGGCAUUACCAACGUCGAUAUCGACGAGGAGAACACCGAGCACACCUACAACAAAUACUGCAAUGACUAUCGGCGGACUGUUCGGCGCUUCGCCGAGAGGCAGUCUCCGACAAGCAUCGCCACUCACACGACCAUCAUCCUCCCUCUCACCCUCCGCCCGAGCUUUCUCUACCACCUCUACCAUCCGGUUUGCGCCCAUAACCCUUCGCUCUCCGCCCCCGCGGACGACAUUCGUCGGGUUCUCCCAACAACGCAGCCUCUUCGGCGCAACAUGGGGUCAGCAAAACAAUCCCUCCCACAAUCUCCUCGCACAAAUGGAGCAGACGGCCAAUAACAAUCCCGGCAGCGCCACCGCUCAAAACGCCUUCUAUCAAGCCCUCCUUCGCGCGAACAUGCCCGAGAUUUUGGUAGAGCGGUAUCAAACAGGCCGAUAUGCAAGCAACCAGGCAUGCGAGGGCGCAUACAUGCGUGCGCUGGAGCGGAUAGGCGCGACAGAAAGUGGCAGUCUCGGGUCGGCGGCGGGCAAGAUCGCGGGUGGGAACAGCCAUUCGCUUAGCAACGAGCAACUACAAGCGAUCGGACAGGCGGUAUCGGCACGGAACCAGGGCGGUAAUGUCAGCAUAUCCAAGGCAGGAUCCGGUGCGAAGAAUGAGCCGCUUUAUGUUGUCGUGGACGAGAGUAUCGGCAGCACCAUCUUCAAAUGGGUCAAAUUCUUCGCCGUCUUCGGCCUGAUCGCGUACUGCUCGCUUGUCGUGUUCACGCUCUUGAUCGAGGCCACGGGCGUGCUGAAGAAGGUCAGCGGUGCGGCGAAUGCGGAAGCGAAGCCAGAGCUGCAGACGACCCGGUUUGGCGACGUGCAGGGCUGCGAUGAGGCGAAGGAAGAAGUGCAAGAGUUGGUGGAGUUCUUGCGGUCGCCUGAUCGUUUCAGCACGCUGGGAGGCAAGCUACCAAAGGGCGUACUGCUCGUUGGACCACCAGGAACUGGCAAGACGCUGCUCGCUCGCGCAGUGGCGGGAGAAGCAGGUGUGCCCUUCUUCUACAUGUCCGGCUCCGAAUUCGACGAAGUCUACGUAGGCGUUGGCGCAAAACGCGUACGCGAUCUCUUCGCCGCAGCGAAGGCAAAGGCACCCUCUAUCAUCUUCAUCGACGAGCUAGACGCAAUCGGCAGCAAACGCCACGAACGCGACGCCGCAUACGCCAAGCAAACGCUCAAUCAGCUCCUCACCGAACUCGACGGCUUCGAGCAAAACUCCGGCGUUAUCAUCAUCGGCGCCACCAACUUCCCCGAAUCUCUCGACAAAGCGCUCACUCGUCCCGGCCGCUUCGACCGUAACGUCUCCGUCCCCUUGCCCGAUGUGAGAGGUCGGAUAGCAAUUCUCAAGCACCAUCUCCGCAACAUCCGGCUCGACUCGGCUGUAGAUCCCGCUGAGAUCGCGCGAGGAUGUCCUGGCUUCUCUGGAGCAGAGCUGGAGAACGUCGUCAACCAAGCCGCCGUACGGGCGUCAAAGAUGAAGCAGCAGAAAGUCACCAUCGACGACCUCGUCUGGGCCAAGGACAAGAUCAUGAUGGGCGCCGAGCGCCGCUCCGCAGUGAUCCAGGAGAAAGACAAAGUCAUGACCGCCUACCACGAAGGUGGCCACGCGCUCGUAGCCAUGUUGACCGAAGCCAGUACACCUCUGUACAAAGCGACGAUCAUGCCCCGCGGUCACGCGCUGGGAUUGACGUGGCAGCUGCCGGAGCUCGACAAAGUUUCUGAAACGCGGAAGGAACUCAUGGCGAGGAUCGAUGUGUGUAUGGGCGGGAAAUGCGCGGAGGAGUUGAUCUACGGACCUGAGAAUGUGACGACGGGCGCGAGCUCGGAUAUCACGCAAGCGACCGCCACGGCGCAGGCGAUGGUUACACGGGCGGGGAUGUCAGAACUCCUCGGCAACAUCGACCUCGCAUCGGAUUACAGCAAACUUUCUCCCGACACGAAGAAGAACAUCGAGUCCGAAGUCCGCCGACUAGUGGAAGAGGGACGACUGAGAGCGAUGAAGCUUUUGACUGACAAUAAGAGUGCGCUGGAGCGGUUGGCGAAGGCGUUGGUGGAGCAUGAGACGUUGAGUAAGGAGGAGAUGGAGAAGGUUGUUAGGGGGGAGAAGUUGCCGGAGAGGAUCACGGUGGGGAAAGAGGUGCCGGUUAAGUUGCCGGAGGUGACGUUGCCGGGUCCGCCGUUUGGAUUGCCGCCACUUGGUGGCAGGCCGGAGGCGGGAAAGGGGGAGGCGAGGGGAAGGAGGGUGGAGGGUGCUUAGGGAUUUGCUGG